AUGGCGCACAGCCCACUGUGCUCUGCAGCAGGCACGGACCAGGCCCUACGCAGCCUGGUGCACAGCUCGCUGUGCUCCGCAGGAGGAGCAGACCGGGAUACCAAGGUUCCAGACCAGUGUGAUAUUAUAGUCAUCCCACAUUCAGGGGAUGAAGAGGACAAGCAUUACCUGCAUCUGGGAAAACACUUGUCCUGUGAAAUGGGAUCCCUGAUCACUAUCUACCCAUCUUCUCAGUGGUACCCUUCCCAUGUUGGUCUUCAGUUGGAACGCACUGGACCUUUAUUGCAAGACUCCAGAGUCAUGAAGAACCUUGCAGUCUCCUCCAUUGUCACCAUGUACUUCAGAGACCUGGGGCCACAGCUCAGCUGGACAGUGGUAUUUCUAACAGAAUACACUGGACCUCUCUUUAUCUACCUGUUGUUUUAUUUCCGUUUACCAAAUCUGUAUGAUGUGGAGGAUAUUAACCAUUACAGCCGUCACUCAGUGGUGCACUUGGCUUGUAUCUGUCACUCCAUUCACUAUGCUAAGCAACUCCUGGAGACCCUAUUUGUUCACAACUUCUCCAAUGGAAACACAGCACUGAAGAAUAUGCUAAAGGGCUGUGUGUUUUAUUGGGGAUUUACUACCUGGAUGGCCUAUUACAUCAACCACCGUUCUGGGAUUCAUUUUGCAAGAGCCACAUACAACCCCUUCACGUGGCUCUUCAAACUUGUCUCCUGCCCUAACUACACGUAUGAGAUGGGAACCUGGAUUAGUUUCACAAUAAUGACACAAACGCUCCCGGUUGCUGUCUUUGCUCUGAUGAUAUCACUCCAGUUGAGCCUGUGGGCUCAAAGGAAGCAUUUCAAAUAUCGCAAACAUUUUAAGAAUUAUCCUGUAUAUAGAGCUGCCAUUAUCCCAUUUAUCCUGUAG